AUGGCAGAUACAGGUAGAGGAGAUGUAUUGAGAAGUAGGGUAGUAUGUGAUGAUAGGUGUGGCUGCACUAUUCCAUGUGCUGGUGGUUCCACUUGCAGGUGCAGAAGCAGUGAAGCUGCGAGAGGUGGGAGUGGUCACACGACAUGCUCAUGCGGAGAGCAUUGUGGGUGCAACCCAUGCGAAUGUGCUGAUAACGUUGCUGCUGGCACUGCUUGCAAAUGUGCACCAGGUUGCACAUGCGCCUCUUGCCGCAUCUGA